AUGGUACGUUCGAGGUAUGCCCAUACGAUGAGGUGUUCGGGCUUCCUCCGAAAAUGGUGCCAAAGACGAGCAGCAACGAUCGAGGGAAUCGGCUGGAAGCAGGCAUUGCUUCAAUGCGUCAUGUUGAGCGCGAAAUGGCUUUACACGCUCGGAUAUCGGGUUUUCGUGCCUCACCUCAAGCAAGGAACCUCGUUCGAAACGCAGAUGAUGGUUUUGAGGUCAUCGAAUGUGGUGGCAGAAAAGGUGAACAAAGGCGACAACGGGAACGAAAACGACGACCAAACGAAACUUAUGUGUCGCCUUUACCGGUUACGGUUCGGAGUGAUAAAUCAAGCAGAAAAUUACCGCAAAGCGCCGGCGCGUGUGUGUGACUCGAUGCCUCAUCCAUCUUCGACCAGAAGAAACGAAAAACGCUAUUUUUCGACUCCGGCACAAAUCAACAAAGAAAGUGAUAUUAGCAGACGGUCGGUCGGUACACGAUUUCUAAAGCCGAACAAUUUCUCUUAUCACUUUUUUAAUAUUUUUUUCGUACUCUCAUUCUUGCCUCGAUCCUCACCUGUGUGCUUCGUCGAAAUCAUGCCUGAAGUCGCAACCUCACCACUUGCAUCACCAUCGGAGCCUAGCACCAGCGGAUAUCUACCAAACCCUAGAACGCCGCUAGGCCUGUGUGUAGCGGUCGGUUCGAGCCGCGUGACAACCGUUGCCUCCACCACCACUGCCACUGGCAUCGCUACCUCCGCCGUGGCUGACGUCGCUUCGGUAAACACCACCGAACCAAAGCACAACGAACGGCAGGCAGUAGUCUGUCGUCGUCGUCGUCGUCUGUCUGUCCGUCCAUCCAGAAGUCGCGACAGUCAGCUGUCGUCGUGUCUGAGGGUGCCUCGAGUGCACCGCAUGGCGACCGACGAACGAACGAGUUUCGUCGUUGCAGCCUCCUCGCCGAGGCGCGCAUCUGAGACGGAGUUUUUCGACCCUUAG